UAAGUUUUAUUAGUGAACAAAGACCGGAUUUUUUUUUCAAGGAAGCUUACAUGAACAAUACAAACGGUAGAUGAGCUUAGCUGCUUUCGAAUCCCGGAGCUCAUCCAAUGCUCUGCUUCUCUUCCGCGAUCUGCUCAAAAGCUCUAUCGCCAACCGAAACCUCGCAACUGGCCGUAGUCUCCACGCCCUCUACCUCAAGUCUUUGAUCCCCCCGAACACCUACGUCUCCAACCAUUUGGUCCUCCUUUACUCGAGAUGCCGGCAACUAAGCCUCGCCCGCCAAAUGUUCGAUGAAAUUCCCCACCCAAAUAUCUUCUCAUACAACACCCUCCUCGCCGCCUACGUCCACGAGUCGCAGACUCACCUGGCUACCGUUUUCUUCUCCCGCAUUCCCGAUCCCGAUCUCGUCUCCUUCAACACCCUCCUCUGUGCUUAUGCCGCGGCCAGCCGCACCACCGAUGCCAUCGCGCUCUUCUCCCACAUGCGCCAUUCUGAUUGUGAUAUGGACGGCUUCACCCUCUCAGCUGUGUUGUCCUCUCUCCUGCACAGCGGCGCUCAGCAGUUCCAUACCAUCGCCAUCACCACAGGCCUCUAUACUUACAUCUCCGUCAGCAACGCUCUUAUCUGUUGCUACAGCAGAAUAGGAGUGCUUGUAGAUGCUGAACAGGUGUUCCAUGAAAUUCCCGUUAUCGACCGUGAUGCAGUUUCAUGGAACUGCAUGAUUGUUGCUUAUGGACAGCACCGGAAGGGACCGAAAGCAUUGAGUUUGUUUCAGGAGAUGAUUAGGCGAGGCGUUGACGUAGACAUGUACACACUUGCAAGCGUGCUGACAGCUUUUACAACGGUGAAAGACCUUCCCGGCGGAAUGCAGUUUCAUUCCUUUUUAAUCAAAAGCGCUUUUGAGAAGAAUCCCCACGUCGGGAGUGGUCUGAUCGAUCUUUAUUCCAAAUGCUGCAGAGUUCUGGAAGCCAAGAAGGUGUUUGAGGAGGUGGACGAACCUGAUUUAAUUCUCUGGAACACGAUGAUCUCCGGCUUUUCUUUGAAUGAUGAGUACUUAGAAGAAGCGCUACUAUUUUUCCAAAGUUUGCAACGCGCUGGAUUUCGUCCAGAUGAUUGCAGCUUUGUCUGCGCCAUUAGCGCUUGCUCAAACCUUUCGUCACCAUCACAAGGCCAGCAGCUUCACUCUCUCGCAAUGAAGUCCGACUUUCCCACAAAUCUAGUUUCCGUCAACAACGCGCUGAUCUCAAUGUACUCCAAGUGCGGGAACCUCAAGGAUGCCGACAAACUAUUUGUCAGAAUGCCCGAACGAAAUUCAGUUUCAUAUAAUUCUAUCAUUGCAGCUUAUGCCCAGCAUGGUCUUGGUUGCGAUGCGCUGGAGUUGUUCAAAGAGAUGCUUGAUUCAAAGAACGAGCCCACGAGUAUAACAUUUAUCUCAGUCCUCUCAGCUUGCGCGCACACCGGGCAACUCGAUGAAGGCCGGCGUUAUUUCAAUUCGAUGAAGAAAGAUCACAACUUUGAUCCAUCAGAAGAGCAUUACUCCUGCAUGAUCAACCUUCUUUCUCGCGCAGGCAAGUUUGCUGAAGUGGAUCAGUUGAUCAAAACGAUGCCUUUUGAUCCAGGGGUAAUCGGCUGGGCUGCUCUGCUCGGCGGGUGCAGAACACAUGGCAACUUGGAACUCGGAGCACGAGCAGCUGAGAAGCUUCUUGAACUCGAUCCUUCGAAUGCCUCAGCUUAUGUGAUGCUAGCCAACAUGUAUGCAAGCUCUGGAAACUGGGAAGAGAUGGCUAAUUCUCGAAGAUUGAUGAGGGAUCGAGGCGUGAGGAAGAAACCUGGUUGCAGCUGGAUUGAAAUAGGAAAGAGGAUUCACGUAUUCGCGGCUGAUGAUGUGUCUCACUUACGAAUUAAAGAUGUUUAUGAGUUCUUGGAGGAGAUUUCAGAGAAGAUGAAGCUGGCGGGAUAUGUGCCGGAUGUGAAGUGGUCAUUGGUGAGGGACGAUGUUAGAGAAGGAGAGGUGAGGUUGGCUCACCAUAGUGAGAAACUGGCCGUUGCAUUUGGGUUGAUCAGCACUGCAAAUGGCGCACCAAUACUUGUCAUGAAGAACCUUAGAAUCUGUGGAGAUUGUCACAAUGCGAUCAAAUAUAUUUCCAGGAUUGCUGGGCGGGAGAUCACAGUAAGGGAUGCACAUAGGUUUCAUUGCUUCAGGGAUGGGCAUUGCUCUUGUCGAGAUUAUUGGUGAGGCUUCUAUUGAAUCAUGUCUUCAUGAGUUUGAAGCAAAGUCUUAUAUGGGGUCCUGGUUCGAUAUCCAUUGGGUAUUCAUGCUUUACUCUGACGGGAUUCAAUACUCACUCUUACCCAUGAUGUCUUUCGUUAUGUCGUACCCAUCUAUACCCAUCCAUUUUCUAUGAUUUUUGAAUGCAGUCUGUCAUUGACUGAUGGCCUUGAGGCUUGCUGCCAUUUGCUUUGAUUGCAAACUUUCAAUCCACGUAUCAGAAUUUAUCGUAGUCGCAGUGUGAUUAAGUGCUACACAUUAAGUACUGAAGAUUGCAGUAAUAUAAGAUAUACUGUGAUUAGCAAUGUAAAUCGAUUUAUCCUUCGAUGUUGAGUACCCACUUACAAGGUCAUGGGUGUACUCGGUAGUCAUGGGUGUACCCAUACCGACAUACACCCAUUGGAUAUAGGUGGGUAUAUGGGUAGGUGUUAGUAUGAGUACCCAAUAUAGGAUUCUGAUUUGAAAAGAAAUUUUGUCCUCAAAGAGUAUUUCUUUGUUUAACUUAGCUUGGGAGCAAUGCAAUAAGCAUUUUUCAGCAAGUAGAGUAAUAUGUUAGAUGAGCUGAUAUCCAUGGAAUCAUUGUCAGAAAUAAUACCUUAUGUGCCUUGCUUCUU